CUAUCUGAAAGCUGUGAAGAUGAUGGAAAUCAGUGAGAGGAGCUGAGAUAUCUGUGUCCCAGAAAAUAUGUAAAUUUUCUGAAAAUAUGUAAAUUUCCUGGGACACGAACAAGUCUUGUUUCUGAAACCUUUCUUUGAAGAUUACUAAAUUAUCCCACGUGGUAUUUACUGAAUGUGUUACUUAGGUAAUCCAGCUGGGGGGAAAGAUGAUCUAAAAUGAUGACGACUGUAAACCAUUGAAGCAAUGAAAGACCUUGUGGUAGAUCAGAGGCUUUAGUUUUUUGUUGGCCGACGUUCUUAAGCGCUGGGGUAUCAUUUUUACUUGUAUCAACGACGAAAGAAUGAGGGCUUUGUCACUCACUGAAGGUCUCACCUGAAUGAAGGCUUGUAGCAAAGCUGGUGUGUGGGAGAGGCACAGAAAAAGGUGCAAUUUCUCUUCAGUGAGAGAUGAACAAUAUACACUUUGGAAUAAAUUGCCGUUUUCAGCUUUAAUAGGAAUCAAAAGCACACCAAGGACACCACUUUUAUAAAACCAGAUUCUGAAAAAUAUCAGAGAAGAUCAUUCUUUGAUCAUCCAACAACUCAAGCCUUUAAUAAAGUGGCUUAUAGGCAUAGCAUUUAAUCCUAAAUAUUUAGGUCACCCUCUCUGUCUUGUAUAUUUAUAAGAGACAUAAAGUCCUGCAUUCAGCCAGGAAAGUCUUCCCCCAAGCAGUGCUUUUCACUUAUUAAAAGAUCAAUCAAAUAUUUACAAGACAAGCACACUUUUCACAAGAGAGACCAAAUAUGCUUAUAAAUUCACAGCCAUGUAGCAGUUUGACUAAGGGCAUAAAUGAUUCUGUCUGCUUCCCUAACUCCUAUCACAGGUCCUCAGGAAAGGAAUCCUUCCAUAAGGGAGCUCUGUAAAGACAAUUACUCAUUCAAAGCAGCAGCAGCAGACGCUCCUGAGGUGCAUAUUUGCUAAUGUGCCAAGUGAAUUUGUAUUCACAGUUGAAGCAGGAUUGUAAUUCAGGGUUUGAAAAAGUCUUGGUGGGAAAACCCAAUUAGGAUGCCAAGAAGGGGCAUGUAAUAAGAUUCUGUCACUCUGUAAUGGAGUGACAGGGCGGGUAAUAAGGCUGGCACAUGUUGAGCUCUCAGUCUUUGCAGAUUUCAAUCAGAGCCAUCUUGGGAGGAUGCGCUGCUUGAAUUUACCACCCCCCUCCUCAGCUGGAUAGACAAUUAUGAAAGAAUGCACUGUACCUUUUCAAGAGAUAUUACUGGUGCAUUGUACAUCAGCAUGGCUCUGAUUUGAUCAUAGUCAGAAAGCAAAAGUUGAUCACAGCAGUGCUGGUAUUAAGUAAAACAGAAAGAUUCUGGGUAUGGUUUACUGCUUUUACAACAAAUGUAACGGCAACGAGUAGUAAAGUUUGGCAACAUAAAAAAACUGUUUUGAUAAGGUCUUCAUUCAUUUGACCCUACCAACAAACAAGUUCAGCAUCUUGACUGUGAGUGAACUGAUGCUGAACCACUAAUAAACAUCUUACUGCACUCUUGCCAAUUUGUAUUCGUGAGGCUCAUGGUCACUGGAAUGUGUGGGUUCCAUUCAAGGAUCAGCUUGCUCUGCUUUACUUGUAUUUACAAUUACACAUUGUUCCACUUGAUAGCAGCGAACCCUGAUGUUAUUUACAGCUGAGGCUAACAAGGAGAGGAAGAAGAAGGCUCACAGAGAGAAAUAUGGCAACUAAGGUGCGACAGUUAUCAGGUGGCUCAAUGAUGAGAUGGUUAGGACCACUGCCUCACAGCAAGCCAUUUUAGGGUAGGAAUUAAGGCCAGCCCUUCACUGGGCCAGGUUGUUCUGGCAACUUGUUCUUGUUGUUCUGAACUUUUUUUUUAAGUACUCUUAGAUUAAAAGCCCUUUAGACAUUGAUGGAUGAAGUACCUAAGGGCCAUACUUAAGUAAAACUAUAGAUAUCGAAACAAAAAAAAAUGACUUUAGCAAAAGUGGCAGGAGGCUACUCUCACACACUGAAGUCAGAAGCUUAAAAUAUGCAGUUAUUUAUGUACUGAGGUAUUCCAAUUUUUUUUUAAUGAAAUAACAGUACUUAAACGUAAUGUUACUCGGUUGACAGUGUGUUCUCCUUGCUAGUUAUCCAUUAGAAAGCUAUACUGGUGCCACCUCUCAUAUCCUCACUGAGUCAUAUGUUUGAUGACAAAUGAUUUAAAGUCAUUGGACCAAAUUUUGCCCCAAAUCCUGGAGUAACAAGUGAUACAUAUUCUCAUUGCAGUGUAUCAGACUUAAAGUACCCAUGUAACUUGGAAAAGUAGAAGUUACUGUCAAAAUCAAAUAAGUCACAUUUAUGAAUUUGAAUAACUGGUACUGUCAGAAAACAAAACUGUAAUUAAAUUUAACCAGACUACUGAUUAAUUAACCAGAAAGACUGAAACCACUCAAGUAAACAACAAUGCAGGAUAUCUACUGUUGGUUCUUCACUUUUACUGGUUUGGUGUAUGUUACACCUCAAACACACAUUACAAAUAGUCAAGGAACUUAAUCCAGUCUCUGGAUUAAGUGUGUUUAGUAGGCUAUUUGAUUUAAAAUCCAGUAAAACUCAAAAAGAUGUCACAAUAUCAAAAAUAAACAAGUAUGCUACAUUUAAGUGUAAAGAAACUAAGAAAGCUGCUGGCAGGCUGUUGCAACAAAUCCUGCCUCUAAAUAGCCGAUCAUAGUUAAGGUUUGGGGGUCACAAUCAAAUCCCUGGGAAGCGGGGCACCCUGUGUAUUCACCCCAGGCUGCAGCAUUUCCCCCUGCCUACCAUCCUCUAGAAGUAUAACAGAUGUCUAUCCAUCCUUUCGAUGUUAAGGUAUAAUUCAAUUUCUUGGUUCUUGCCUGCAUAUACUUUGUCAUCCACCUGCCAAGCAGCUUCGAGAAAGUGGAAGCUAAGACGCCUCUGCAGUGUUCCUGCAGCCCACCUACUGGGAGCACGUAGCGUCCACAGGGCAUUUUGAAUUGGCUCCUGUGGUUACGUGACGACAGGAGUGAUUUGCAUUGGCAUGCAUGCAAAGCACUCCCACUCUCGCUCUUCCAGCAUUCUUCUUCCUCAUAAACUAUUGUGUUUUUGCCUCUGUGUUGCAGAGUGAGGAUGUCUAAGGUUAGAGCCAGGCAUGCCAAUUGCUCUGUUGUUGGUUGCAGAAACCAACACAAAUGUCUGUACUCUGUCCCAGCACCAGAGGAGCAAAGAAAGCAGUGGCUGCUUUUUAUUUUUAACAACAAUGUGCCAGCUACACUUGGUGCCCAUCUGUUUGUUUGUGCUAACCACUUCACCUCGGACUGCUUCAACAACUGGGGUCAGUACAAAGCUGGGUUUGCUUCGACAUUGACCCUCAUAAAAGGAUCUUUACCAACACUUCGUGUCCUAGAAACAGCGGAAACCCCCUCGGUGAGUACCAACACUAGUUGAUAAUAUGUAAAGUUUAUUGCAUGAAACAUUUCUAUUGGUGCCGGAUCGACUUUUGUGAAUCGCUCGCCAUAUUUGUGUAGCAAUUUUUCUUCCUCUGCUGCAGUGCACACCGGUCUGCUCCCUCCUCCCUCAGACAACACACAGGCAGCCAAUCAGCGCCGCGCUUCGUCAUCACGACAGCCCCGCCCACUCAACUCACUGCACGGAAGAGGAGGUUAGAAACUGGUCUGUUUUCCCUCAGAGGUACAAAUGCGAUGUUUUCCACCAAGUGACACCAAAACCUGUCUUUAACAGUAAGAGUUGCAAACAGCUGACAGAAUAUAGGUCAUUUCACCAGUACACCGCUCUCCUCGUGGACAUUUUUGAAGUACAUCAAGUAUGUCUUCUUGGAAAAAGUGCAUCUUCGGUUGUGAAGGGAAGUCACAUAUGUACAGCCUACCAAAACAAGAAAGCACCAGAAAACGGUGGGAAGACUUUAUUUUUGAAGGAAGACAAAACCCCAUGUCUAUCCUGCAUGUGUGCUCAAGGCACUUCACCGAUGACGCUUUCGUCAACGGAGCCCAGUACCAGGCUGGAUUUGCGGCAAGGCUGAUCCUCAAAAGCGGGGCUGUUCCAUCUGUGAAGUGUCGUAUUGUGGAGCCAGGGAAGGCAGGUGUUAGUUAGUCCAAGUAUAACCCUGAAAUGUGAACGUUUCUGUACACCCAGAAGAUCCUCUGAUACCCAGAAAUACCAGUGAGGGAUGUCCUUUAAGUUUGUGCAUUCACAGGAGAUUUAUCUUAAGAGUAAAAUAUAGCACGUGGAAGCCAUAAAUCUGAUGUCCCGUGUCACGUGGCAUUUUGGGGUAUAACAACAACCGAUGAUGGCACAAUACAAUAUUAAGAAAAUGAAUAACUUUAAGGAGUACAUGUGAGUCAAAGAUCAGAUAUCCUAUACUGCAAACUUUCCGCGAAGUGUUAGUUUGUUUGGCGUAAAAUGACCCACAGUACGUCGCCUCGGCAGAGGGAGCGACAGUAUAUAUUUACAAUUGUUUCUUUCACUCUAUUUGAAACUUGUCUAGUUUCAACAGCAAUUUUUUAAUAUAGAAAAAGAUUUGAAACACCGGUGUACGUAAUCUGGAGUGUAUCACGAUGCAUAAUCAGCAGAGGAUGUACAGUGGUGUGGAGAACUGUUCCUUGUUUCGCAUUUUUUGCAUGUUUGUCACACUGAACUGUUUCAGAUCAUCAAACAAAUUUAAAUAUUAGUCAAAGACAACACAAGUCAACACAUAAUGCAGUUUUUUAAUGAAGGUUUUUUAUUAUUUAAGGUUCUCUAUUAUGAAAAAUCCACUUUUGGGUGGUUUUCUAGAAAUAAUAUGCAUCCUCUCGAAGCCGACCCCCCCCCCCCCCCAUGAAAAAAUGUCAUUCUCUCCCUCUCUUGCUUUCCCCUCCUUUCUGAAACAUGAGCACAAACGGGCAAAUGGAAAAGCUUAUGCGGUUAUGAUGACAUAUCUACAUAAGCCCCUCCUACAUGUUGGUGGCACCGCCCCUGAUAAACGUCAGCCCAGCCCUCUAAUACUUCUCUGCUGAGGCAGUGUCUGCCAUUUUUCCCCUGUUCAGCGCCGGUACAGCAAUAACCAUGUCAAGGCGACCCAGCCGCUGUGUGGUUCUUGGCUGCGCAGAUGAAGACAGGAGUCUAUUUCUGCCUCCUUCAUCUCAAGAUUUGAGGACCCAGUGGAUUAAUUUUAUUUAUAAUGAUAAAGUACCCACAACGACUCCGAAAAUGUUCUAUGUGUGUGCUAACCACUUCACCGAGGACUGUUUUAUCAACAAGGGUCAGUUCAAAGCAGGAUUCGCUAAGCACCUCAAGUUAAAACCUGGAUCUGUACCAGCUGUCCGUGUCAGGGACCCAACUUCAAACGUGGAAGCUGUAAGUUUUACCAUUUUUUAUUGCUUUACCGCCACCUGUAUAACUAGUGCUUUGGCUGCAACCGCCUGGUUACACACAGCUCAUUAUCAUUUAAAGGUACAGGCGCAGAAUCAGCCCGUUCUCAGUGGAGCUCAAAAAGAGGGGGACAGGCUGGCUGAUAUCCACAAAUAAACUGGUGUUUUAGACAACAAACUUCAAAUUUACUAUUGUACCUACAUGGCCCUGUGUGAAAAAGUGAUUACCCCCACCCUCAGUUCAAACAUAACUUAAGGGAUAAUCCGGCGUAAAAUUAAGUUAGGGUCAAACACACCGUAACACCUAGUUAGACACCCCCUCAAGAGAUCAAUGUUGCCUACCGCUUGCUUCUCUAGUUUAGUAACGACUGCAAAUAGCAAUACAGAGAGCCACGCGCUCAACUAAAAAGCCACUCUAUAGCCACAAAUAAUGCUCAGAUCAGCACCUAACUUCAUCAACAGUACAUAAAGGGUCCCAACCAUAGCACUAGCCACCAAACAUCUUUUUAGCUUUGCCUGAUUUCUUUAGCAAAGAGACUAAACACAACUCACCCACUCUCUUCCAGCAGCCGCUUGUUUGUAUGGAGACCUCUGGGCGAGUGAGAGCAAGACUAUAGCUGAAACUUGUAAACAUUGUAUCAGGGAGGCGGCUCUGUGCUAACAGUUGAUGCCGCAGCACCGCAGGGUCAACAAGUGAAACUCCGAAAAUGACAUUACGGCCUACAGUGGUCCACCUAUUGUUUCCACUGGUCCAUAAGAUGCUGCCUUGUGCAUCAUAUGUAAGAAAGUAGAUAAAUACAUCACUGUGUCUGGCAAACGCACAAAAGAUCAUAUAUCACCGGCACAAAUAUUAUCAGCCGGUGUGUAAAAAGUGAAAAAACUAUGAAUUCUGCUGUCUACCAAAAAAUCCUGAAAGAGAAUGUCCGGAUUCUCUUGUGACCUCAAGCUGAAACGAACCUGGGUUCUGCAGCAGGACAAUGAUCCAAAACAUACCAGCAAGUCCACCUCUGAAUUGCUGAAGAAAAACAAAAUAAAGAAAGAGAGGCCUAGUCAGAGUCCUGACCUAAAUCCUGUUGAGAUGCUGUGAUCUGACCUUAAAAAGGAGGUUCAUGCUGGAAAACCCUCCAAUGUGGCUGAAUUACAACAAUUCUGCAAAGAUGAGUGAGCCAAAAUUCCUCCACAGCGCUGUAAAAAACUUAUUGUUAGCUAUUGCCAAAGCUUGAUUGCCGUUAUUACUGCUAAGGGUGGCCCAACCAAUUAUUGGGUUUAGGGGGAAAUCACUUUUUCACACAAGGCCAUGUAGCUUUGGAUUUUUCUCCCUUAAUAAUAAAAGUUUCAUUCAAAAACUGCAUUUUGUGUUCACUUGUGUUGUAUUUGACAAAUAAUUAAAUUUGUUUUAUGAUCUGAAACAUCAAAAUGUGACAAACAUGCAGAAAAAAAAAUUAAAUCAGGGAGGGGGCAAAAACUUUUUCACACCACUAUAAGCCUAUGUUUUCCUGCCUUUUUUUAACUUGUCAUGUUUUAUUCAUCUUGUGAAAGUGAUCACACUUUUGUCUAUAGAUAUGCUUUUUUUUUUUCUCCAAGAAAGGAACAUUUUUCUCUCCGGUGGACCCCCUGCCAAUCCUUUUCAAAACAGAGGACAUGGACAUGGUAUGUUGGGCCUAACUUCAUCAUACAGCCUCUGCAGGUGAUAUACCUGUUGAGAUUAUUCAUAAAGUAACAAUUUUCUUGUCCGUUUCUCUUCCUUAGCAGAUUUCAUCAGAGGAGCCCACAGCCACCCAUGUUAAAGGGGAAAACAGCGAGAUGGUACAUCAGACUCACUUUUCAAAACUCAGUGCUCUUUGUGGAUUAGCAGAUUUUUUAAAACAAAUACCCUUUUACUUCUCAACACUAAUUGAAUCUUUUUUUCUUAUCAUUCAUCACAACAGCCCCUCAAAACAGAGGACAGUGACAUGGUAUGUUAUACUUAAUGUUAGCUUCCACUCUCUGCUGCAAAGCAGUUGCUGUCUUGCCUUAAAAUGUCAUUUGAAGUGGACUGUAAAUUUGUUAAAAGCGGAUACACCCAACACAGCAUGUAACCCCACCUUUUUUCUGUGUAGGCAUCAUCGCAGCAAUUCUCUGCAACCCACGUAACCACACAGGAGGGCAACGUUACACUUCUUAUUCGCCCUAAACGUACAGUCACUGUCGGCACACAGCUGUCCUAUGGUGCACUAACAAAUGCCAGAAGCAAUGGUGAGUAAUUAAUAUAGACAAUAAAGGGUAAUCAGCAAAACUGCUUCCCACAACCCAUGUGACAAAACAGCACAGCAUAAUUUUUCUAUGUUUCAACCUCUAAUUUCUCCCAAAUGUGCAGCCAGUGUCACAACACAGAUGUAUCGGGUGAUGAUGUCCAUCGGCACACAGUGUUGCUCCACUACUCCUACAAAGUCUGCUGGCACACAGUUGUCCAUGCGUAGAAUGACCCGUGUCAGAAGCAAAGGUGAGUACUUGAUAUGGGUAAUAGCAGGGUUGGCUACAGUUAGAGUUGACAUUUUAAAAUUGAUUUAAUAAACUAGGUUAUAAUAGAUAUUUAUUUUGGCAUUUAUCACGAGAUUUUUAUUGAAGGUUUAUUUUUUUGGUUUCUGUCAGGCACACAGGUCAGUAUGUGCUGCACCACGGUAGAACUUGAAGAUCUUGAUCCUUUUGAGACCUCUCAAGAUGAUGAAGAGCCUCUACUGCCAUCACCAUCCCCAAAGGCCUGUGGGCUUUUACAAGAUAUCAGACCAACAAAGAGACCCCAUGAGAAAAUCACGCAGGAGGAUGAUGAGGAAAAUACUGCACACAUAUCAGAGCCAUCUGAAACCAAGUAGGUUGUUUUUGCAAGUUACAGGCUUUUGUUCCUCUCAGUGUGUAUAGAUCUUUCACUGAAGGUCUGUGUUUGUUUGUUUGUUUUUUCUAACCUUUCAGAAAGCUGGAGUCUACUUAUCAUUACAAUGAGCCAAAGUACAUUGUAUUUGAAAGCUGUCUGAGAGAGCUCUUCCAGACUUGCCCCCUGUGCAGGCAGGAAUGUGAGGUGCAACAACAGAGAUCAGGGACUUUUGUGUCCUUUAGCCAGCUCUGCCCAAACUGCCAGUUUAGAAGAAAGUGGCAGAACCAGCCAAUUCGAGGCAGCACGCCUGUCGGAGACCUCCAGAUGUCUGCAGCUAUUCAUUUCACUGGUGGAUCCUUCGCACAGGUGAAAAAGGUAAUGGAAAAACGGGACUGUUUACAUCAGACAAUGACUGAAGAUUCAUGCAAAAAUAUUACUAGAAUGUGCUCUGCUUUGUUUUCAGGUCUCAAAAGCCAUAAAUCUCCAGAUGUUCCAAAAAGACACCUUCAGGAGACAUGUGAGAAUGUUUCUCGAACCAGCAAUUAUUCACAAGUGGAUCAAAGAUCAGCAGAUACUGGUUCAGGAGCUAAAACAGAAAAACAAAAUUACAUUGGGUGGAUGUAUAAAGAUGGACUCAUCAGGUGCAAAGUCUCACAUUGAUAAUUGAUUCAGUUCUUUUAUUUAAAGUAUAUGUUAGUGUCUUAUAGCCUGAAAAACGUACAAAUACUUUUAUUUAUUAUAUUUCAGGUCAAUCUGCCAAAUUCAGCAGCUGCAGCCUCAUGGAGCUGGAGAAAAACAAGGUCAUUGAUGUCCAGCUCGUACAGGUAAAUCAAGUUAUGAGUGUGCUCAUUCAUUUGUUUAUGUAAAAUGAAUUUUAAUUUUGUGUUUUAAUUUUGGUGUGUGCCAGAGCUGUGAAGUUGGUGUAGAGUCAAACAUGGAAAAAGAGGCGCUCAGAAGAGGAUUAGAUGUUCUGGAUGUAAACCAUCUGAACGUGGAUUGCAUUGUUACUGCCUGCAACGCACAAGUACAGGAGUAUCUAAAAGAGCGACAGGUUACACAAUACUGCGAUGUUUGUCACUUUGAGAGGGGUAAAUAUAAUCAUUCAACCGUAACAUGGUGAAUUAAUAAUUUAUGCACAUUAUUUCUAUCACUAAAACCCUAAAUCUUUUCAGGUUUGUCAAAAAAACUGAGAAAUAUAUCCAAGAGAAGGACAUUCAAAGUGGUGCGCAGAUGGAUGCCUGACAUCAAACAGCACAUUUAUUGGACAGCCAGGUCUUCACGGUGUGGACCAGAGAGGGUUGCAAAAUGGAAAUCCCUGGUCAACUGUAUGCAAAACAUCCACAAACACGAUGAUCCCCUUUUUCCAAAGUGUGCCCAUGCCGAUGGACUUUCAGCAGACACAAGCAAGUGGCUUCAACCAGGUUCGUACUCAAAUACUUCAUUGUUUUUGUGUAUUUAAGGGUUUAUGUGUCUUUAUUCAGAGGAUGGCAGCUGGAGUAGGGAACUGGGAGGGGAGACUGGGGACUGACGUGAGAAAGACUGCAGGUUAGACCCAUUAUAAACAAAAGAAAGAUCAAAGUGUUGGGUUGACCUCCCAAAUAGAUAAAGCAGUUUGUUAGCCAAAAUGACCCGGAGUCUGUUUGCGAUUUUCUUAUCAAAUUCAUUGCAAAAUAAAGGGUGACAAACUUUAAACUGUUUUAUUAAAGAUGUUUUUAACGAUCCUUAGGGUCUGCAUGUCCAGCUGCCGCUGAUAGCGAGUUAGACGACUUAAGUCCCUCUUUCAGUUAAAUGAUACUGCAAAAUGAAGUGGGGCUGUUUCUUGAAACUCAGGGAGACCAAAAAAAGAGCUGCCAACACUUACUGAAAAAUGGAUAAAUAAGCACCAUUAAAGUCAAUGCUAAAUGCUCGUUUGGUCGAUGUAGGAGUUUGGUGUGAUAAUUACCUGAAAAAAAAAAGAACAACAGGAACAAAGAGUCAAAGCUUUGUGUCACAAAAUUGCAUUUGAAUGACAAAUCCCCUCAUUUAUCCUCAGUGGAACUACUUCAAAAGACUCUUCUGAUAUUUCAGUGAUAUUUGUCUUUUAGGAUCAAAUACUCUGCACAAAGUGGAGAAAACUCUGAUGAAUAAACGGGUUCUGCGUGAUGUGGAAAACCUCAGUCCUGAACACCAGCCUUCAUCGCUGGAGGACUUCCACAGAGAGGUGCUCCGCUUUGCACCAAAGAAAGGAGAUUUGUCUUUUAACGGAAGGCUUUGCAGGUAAAGCUUGUUUGCACAUCAAAAUGCAUAUCUCCCUUUUUUUAAAAUAUGAUAUUAUUUAGUGCUAUAAUGUCUUAUCUUUUUCUAGCUCUUCUUAGUGUGCAGAUUUUUCUAUUGGAUCAUUAAAAUGCUCUCUAAAUCCAAACACAGAAGGAAGGAAUUCAACUCACUUUAGAGUUUUUUCUUUUCCACAGACUGUACUUGGCUGCUAUGCACUUCAAUGAGAGUGCAGAGAGAGAUAAAGGAAGUACUGCAGCGAGAGAGGUUGAUGACAGGGAAAUGUUCCCCAAAUCGAAGAGGAGAAAAACUACAUCAGACCAUCUGAGGGGAGAGCCAACGUGCAGUGAGUCAAAUCAGAUUUUCUAUUCUAAACAUUACUGUUUAUGUGUGUGUUAAGACUAUUUGUUUAUACAUAUAAAAAAAAAAGAUAUAUCACUGCGUACUAAAGUUAAAGAAGCAGUAAAAUCUUUAAGCUGACUCACUGUAAUUAUGUGUCACAUAAAAAAUGAAAAAACAAUGUAAACGUGUUUUUCAGAAUAUGUGAAGGACCUGAUGAUACUGCUAUUUGAGAAAGUUCUUGAAGACCGCAGGACAUACACACAAGAACUCAAACACACUUGUGCGCCUCAGCUGGGAGACCCUCAUAAGAGGAGGUCAUCACCAAGCAUUUCACCUUUGCAGCCUGAGGGGCCAGCCUGAACCCAAGGUGACUGACAGCAGCCAAUAAAAACUUCAUGUGUGUCAGACAAAGCAGGAUUACAAACCUGAUGUCUCUGCCCAGAAAUCUACCACAGUACAAAACUUCAGUUCAAGAGGUACAAGUAUCUUUUGAAAAGAGCAGAGCACAUCAUGCUCUGCACUAUUUUGAGACCCAAUGAGGAUUCAGCAGAUGGGAGGGAGUGACAUGCUACAGAAUUCAAAAUGAUGUGUGAUAUUAAGCUGAAAAGAGCAGGAGUUGUUCCCUUGGAAAACACAUAGUCUGGGGAACCACUUUGCAAAUUGUUAAGUGAUAUGAUUGCUGAUCAUUACCUUCAAUUACACUGAAACCCUCUGUGGGUCACAGUGUGUGUCAGCUGAAAUUAACAUGAAAGAUGCUCACAAAGGUCCUUUGGGGAAAUGAUAAUAUUUGUUGUGUUUUGUACCCCUUGUGUUCACAUCAGACAGCAGGGAGGUUUGGAGAUAGCUUUGUCUCUCACUUUUUUUUUCCUCUACAAAUGGGAAUAAAAGUUUUCAGUGGCUGAAGUG